GUUUAGUGGGGGAAGACCUGGGUUGCGGGGGCAACAGUUGAGGGGCCAUGGCAGCGGCCAAGAAGGAAGACGGGGGCUCCGAAGGGCCAAAUCGCGACCGGGGAGGGGCAAGUGCGGCCUUCGAGUGUAACAUCUGUCUGGAGACAGCGCGGGAGGCGGUGGUCAGUAUGUGCGGCCACCUGUACUGCUGGCCUUGCCUCCACCAGUGGCUGGAGACUCGGCCUGAAAGACAAGAGUGCCCUGUAUGUAAGGCUGGGAUAAGCCGAGAGAAGGUUGUCCCGCUGUAUGGGAGAGGAAGCCAGAAACAGCAGGACCCUAGAUUGAAAACACCGCCCCGUCCACAGGGCCAGAGGCCUGCCCCUGAAAGCAGAGGGGGAUUCCAGACAUAUGGAGAUGCUGGAGGCUUCCACCUUUCUUUUGGUGUUGGCGCCUUUCCCUUUGGCUUCUUCACAACUGUCUUCAGUGCCCAUGAGCCUUUCUACCGGGGUCCAGGUGUGGACCUGGGACCAGGACGUCCAGGCUCUGGCUGGCAGGACUCCCUCUUCCUGCUUCUCGCCAUCUUCUUCUUUUUUUGGCUGCUCAGUGUCUGAGCUGCCCCCUCUUAGGGCCCUCCCCCAACCAGAGGGAGAAUCAGUAUUGGGGGACCCCAAAACCUUUUCUUCUAGGUUUCUGCUCUCUGCUGGCCGAAGCUAGACACAACCUCCUUCACCCCAUCCCUCAAAGUGAGGGAGAGGAAACCAGCUGGGCGCUGAGUGAGAGAGCCGGAGAGCCUUUUCCUCUCUAGUUGCUAAACUCAGAUGCAACUUCACUCCCAGCUUGGGUGGGGGGUGGUGGUGGUGAUGAGGAGAUGGGCUAAGGGGACUGUCUACUUUCUCUCUACUUCUUCCCAAGUUCCCCUAUUUGGGAUAAAGAGAAAGUGCUCUUUAAUUCUCCCCAAUUUGAUUUAAUUUAAUUUUCUCCUCUGUGCCCAGGAUGGGUUCUCUCUUCCUACCCUCAUCCUCUCCCUCACUCCAUAAUUUGUAAGGAAUUAAAUAAAAAAAAAUGCAAAAUGUG